CCUCAGUGCCGCGCCAACAUUCUAAGGGGGCACACGUCGUUUUUAUUCAACUCUCAUGUUAAGAUCUAUUUGCAAUUUAAGUAAUUCCGUGGCCGCUGUUAAAACUUCAGCAAGGAUGACAAGCGUACACAGCGCAUGGAAGGAGGAGGUGUACGACAUCCCGAUCUCUGUGCUCAUCCGGCCGUUCAUUCCCGAGCUAGACGAGAAGAAGGUCCUGUCGCUUAUGGAGACUAUUAAGAAGGAAGAAGAAGCCGGCAACGUACCCCCGAUAGACGUGCUCUGGAUCAAAGGUUCUCAAGGCGGAGACUAUUACUACAGCUUCGGGGGCUGUCACCGCUACGCGGCGUACAGUCGGCUUCGGCGCGAGACCAUCCCGGCCAAGCUCAUACGGUCCACCCUGACCGACCUGCGGACGUAUCUGGGUAGCAGCACGCCCGACUUGAAGUAGACUCACUGCCUUAUAUUACUACAAUUUCGGGGGCUACCACCGCUACGCGGCGUACAGUCGGCUGCGGCGUGAGACCACCCCGGCCAAGCUCAUACGGUCCACCCUGACCGACCUGCGGACGUAUCUGGGUAGCAGCACGCCCGACUUGAAGUAGACUUACUGCCUUAUAUUACUACAGUUUCGGGGGUUGCCACCGCUACGCGGCGUAGUCGGCUGCAGCGCGAGACCACCCCGGCCAAGCUCAUACGGUCCAUCCUGAGCGAUCUGCGGAUGUAUCUGGGCAGUAGCACGUCCGACUUGAAGUAGACUUACUGCCUUAUAUUACUUCAGUUUCGGGCGCUGCCACCGCUACGCGGCGUACAGUCGGCUGCGGCGCGAGACCACCCCGGCCAAGCUCAUACGGUCCACCCUGACCGACCUGCGGACGUAUCUGGGUAGCAGCACGCCCGACUUAAAGUAGACUUACUGCC